AUGAACUUAUGGGAUUUAAGAUGUCAAAAGAAAGUUUUUUCGAUUCCAGACAUUCACCAAAAAACACCAACAUGUUGUCUGUUUACUCCGAAUGGAAAUUGUAUAAUUACAACAUCAACAGAUGGAUCCACAAAAUGCACAGACUUGCGAUCCCUCAGAACAUUACUGACCUUGCGUGAUCAUAGGAAUGCUGUAUCGUCAGCAGCCAUCGCUAGAGACGGAAAGUUGCUGGUAACAACAUCAUGGGACAAAACGGUUCACCUAUACGACAUUGAGACUGGAAACUACAGGAGAGAGGGACCGCAGAUUUUAGCUGAUGGUCACACUGGUUCGAUAAGUAGCUGUGACAUAGACGACAAUGGGAUCUACCUAGCGACUGGGGGUCACGACAAGUGUGUUAUAUUAUGGGAUACUGAGAAGAGAGAAGUCAAGUUGUGUCUUAAGAGGCAUACAGAUUGGAUUAAUGACGUACACAUGACAAAAGAUGGGAAAUGGAUUCUAACAGCAUCGAAAGAUAGACUGAUAAGGGCAUGGAAUAUGGAAGUGAUUGAAAGGUUGCCAUUCAGUUACUUACCUGGCAAUGAGCAAACUGUUCUUACUUUAAAGUGCCCGAACUGUGAGAAAAACUUCAUCCAGACAACAACAAGUGACUGGAGAAGGAGACCUAAGUGCUUAUUUUGUGACCUCGAUGCAAAAACAAACAAUUAA